AUGUCGCUCAAGCGCAAAGCGGCCGAUGUGGCAGUAGACGCCGUCAAGAAGCCCAAGGCCAAUGGCUCCAUCACGUCCUUCUUCGGCCAGCCGAAACCCAAUCCUCCAUCCUCGUCUACCAAUCCAUCUCAACCAACUUCAUCCCCUACCGCUCCGGCCACGGUCCAGCCCAAAUUCGACAAAGCGGCUUGGAUUGCAAAGCUCUCCGAUGAGCAGAAGCAGCUUCUCAAGCUCGAAAUCGAAACAUUGCACGAGAGCUGGCUCGCAGUGCUCAAAGACGAAAUCACUUCCCCUUCCUUCCUUGAACUCAAGCGAUACCUCAAGAAAGAAGUGGAAAGCGGAAAGAAAGUCUUCCCGCCAAGCGAAGACGUCUACAGCUGGUAACACGACCUGAAAUUGCACAACACACGUAGAUAUAUAUGAGCAUUUGUGGCUGAUUCGUUUUUGUACUGCAGGUCACGACACACCCCGCUGCCCUCCGUGAAAGCCGUCAUCCUCGGUCAAGACCCAUACCACAACAUCAACCAAGCUCAUGGCUUGUGUUUCUCUGUCCGACCACCUCAAAAGGCACCGCCUUCGUUGAAGAACAUGUACAUUGCGCUGAAGAAAGACUAUCCAGAAUUCAAAGAGCCGCCGAUGGGAUGUGGACUGCUGACGCCCUGGGCAGACCGUGGCGUGCUGAUGCUCAAUACAUGUCUUACAGUCCGAGCGCACGAAGCGAACUCCCAUUCCGGCAAAGGCUGGGAGAAAUUGACGCAGAAAGUCAUCGAUACCGUGGCGCAGAAGAGGACCAACGGAGUGGUGUUCCUCGCCUGGGGCAAUCCCGCCCAACAGCGAUGCAAGGCUGUCAAUGGUACCAAGCAUCUGGUUCUCAAGAGCGUUCAUCCGAGUCCUCUCAGUGCGCACAGAGGCUUUCUGGACUGUGGGCAUUUCAAAAAGACCAACGAGUGGCUGGAGUUGCGGUACGGUGAGGAAGGAAAGAUCGAUUGGAACCUCGAUGUCAAGCCUGAGGAUGCCGGUGUUUGA